AUGGCUGAAUCGCAAGGCGGCGCUCUUGCCGCCACUCGGGUUUUGGACGUGGCGCUCCACUCUCUGCGGGGAGAUGGUCUGACCGAAGCGACCAUCAAGAAUGCCUAUGAAGCGGUGGCUCUGGUCGGGCAUGCAUGCAUGCUCGCGGUGGGUUUUCGGCUGGUAGGGCUGGGAGAAGAUCAUCGCAUGGGUUCGUCAGAGCAUCGAACUGCCACUGUCCAUCAGGUUCGACUGACACGUGCCAUAGAGAACAAUACAGAUCCCACUGUCCUCCCCAAGGAAUGGAACGCCCAGUCUACCUAUGCCUUCCGAUAUGCGCAUUCCCAGUCCGCGAUGGAAUAUCUUCUGAAGCUGAAUCGGCUAGGAAACAACGCGGUUGUCUUUGCUUUGGCCCUGGGCCAUGACAAAACCACUUCGUUUGACCUUCCGGUGAAGGACUACAUUUCCGAAUCCGCAUUACCUUUGACUCUAACCAGCGAUUCUGCAAGCACUCUGAGGGAUGUAUUCAUCUCGACGUCUCGCUUGGAUGACUUGAUCAGCUUGUUUAAGAUUAAUGUGAUCCAGAAACUAGCUCCAGGUUUGUACAAAGAGGGAUAUGAAGACACGACCGGCCAGGAACCGCAGAUAAGGCGACCGGAGGAACCUUCACGACGUGAUCCGUUACGAGACGAUCGCUAUCUUGAACCUGCUCGUCCAUAUCCAUUUGACGACCCUUUGGCUGCGCCGCCCCGGCGUCCGGCUCCUCCGGGCGAUUUUGCCCCCCCAGGGUUCGAGGAUGAGUAUGAAAUAAACAGGCCACCGCGUGGCUAUCAACCACAGCCUGGAAGAGGGAGAAACCCAUUGACCAUCGGGGACCGCGACUUGUAUCCUCCUGGCUUGGGACCUCGAGAUCCGUUGCGGGGGACGAUUGGUCCUGGUGGCGGAGGGGGUACCGGAAUGCACCCGACCUUUGACGAUCCCAUAUUCGGGGGCCAGAGGGGAGGCGAGUACAAUCCCCAGAUCCCUCCAGGGUCGAGGUAUGACCCCGUAGGUCCUGGUGACGGACCUCCGUUUGGUCGCAAUCGAGGGCCUCAUGGUCGCGGCUUUGGUCCUGGCGGCUUCGGAGGCGGUUUUGGCGGUGACAUCAUUUAA